UGCCGCCCCCAACACCCGGUGUCCCGCCCCAGCUCCUGGGAGUCUGCCGUCGGUCGGUACGUGCGUGCGCCUCGUCGGUCCGCGCGCGCUCGCGUGUGUGUGUGUGUGAGUGUGAGUGUGUGGGCGAGCGCCCCCUUUCUCUGCGGCCAUGACUCCGCCACCGCCGCCGCCUCCCCCACCCCCGGGCCAAGACCCGGCCGAAGACCCGGUCGCUGACCCUUGCCCAGAGCCCCCAUCGCUGGUGGUCCUGUUCGGAGCCACGGCUGGUGCUCUGGGGCCGGACCUGGGCUCCGACGAGACCGAUCUGAUUCUCCUAGUUUGGCAAGUGGUGGAGCCGCGGAGCCGACAGGUGGGGACGUUGCACAAAUCGCUAGUGCGCGCCGAAGCGGCGGCGCUGAGCCCGCAGUGCCGGGAGGCGAGCGGCCUGAGCGCCGACUGCCUGGCGCGGGCCGAGUCGCUGGACAAGGUGCUGCAGCAGUUCUCACAGCUGGUGAGCGGGGAUGUGGUUCUGCUGGGUGGGGGCCCCUAUGUGCUCUGCACUGAUGGGCAGCAGCUGUUGCGACAAGUCCUGCACCCCGAGGCCUCCAGGAAGAACCUGGUGCUCCCCGACACCUUCUUCACCUUCUAUGACCUCCGCAGAGAGUUCCAUAGGCAACACCCGAGUGCCUGCUCCGCCAGGGACCUCACAGUGGCCACUAUGGCACAGGACUUGGGACUAGAGACAGAUGCUACGGAGGAUGACUUCGGAGUCUGGGAAGUAAAGACGAUGGUAGCUGUUAUCCUCCACUUGCUCGAAGGGCCCACUGGUCAGUUAUUUUCGAAGCCCGAGGUGGUAAAGCAGAAAUAUGAGACUGGGCCUUGCAGCAAGGCUGACGUAGUGGACAGUGAGACUGUGGUGCGGGCUCGUGGUCUGCCCUGGCAGUCGUCAGACCAGGAUGUGGCUCGAUUCUUCCAAGGGCUCAACAUUGCCAGGGGUGGUGUAGCACUCUGCCUCAACGCCCAGGGCCGCAGAAAUGGCGAGGCCCUCAUCCGUUUUGUGGACAGCGAGCAGCGGGACCUAGCGCUGCAGAGACACAAGCACCACAUGGGCGUCCGCUAUAUUGAGGUAUAUAAAGCUACAGGGGAGGAAUUUGUAAAGAUCGCAGGAGGGACAUCAGUAGAGGUGGCCCGUUUCCUGUCACGGGAAGACCAAGUGAUUCUGAGGCUACGGGGACUCCCCUUCUCAGCGGGACCAACGGAUGUUCUAGGCUUCCUGGGACCAGAGUGCCCAGUAACUGGGGGUGCUGAUGGGCUGCUUUUUGUGCGCCACCCUGAUGGCAGGCCAACUGGGGAUGCCUUUGCUCUCUUUGCCUGUGAGGAACUGGCACAGGCUGCUCUGCGCAGGCACAAAGGCAUGCUGGGUAAGCGAUACAUUGAACUCUUCCGGAGCACUGCAGCUGAGGUACAGCAGGUACUAAACCGCUAUGCAUCCAGCCCACUCCUUCCCACACUGACUGCUCCGCUGCUGCCCAUCCCCUUCUCACUGGCAAGUGGGACUGGGAGGGACUGUAUACGACUUCGAGGUUUGCCCUACACGGCCACCAUUGAAGACAUCCUGAGCUUUCUGGGUGAGGCAGCAGUUGACAUCCGGCCCCAUGGUGUGCACAUGGUCCUCAACCAACAGGGCCGGCCCUCUGGUGAUGCCUUUAUCCAGAUGACAUCAGCAGAGCGUGCUCUAGCUGCUGCUCAGCGUUGCCACAAGAAGGUGAUGAAGGAACGCUACGUGGAAGUGGUCCCCUGCUCUACAGAGGAGAUGAGCCGAGUGCUGAUGGGGGGUACCCUGAGCCGCAGUGGCAUGUCCCCUCCACCCUGCAAACUGCCCUGCCUUUCGCCGCCCACCUAUGCCACCUUUCAGACCACCCCAGCCCUCAUUCCCACUGAGACGACAGCACUGUAUCCCUCUUCAGCACUGCUUCCAGCUGCCAGAGUGCCUGCUGCCCCCACCCCUCUAGCCUACUACCCAGGGCCAGCCACUCAACUCUACAUGAACUACACAGCCUACUACCCCAGUCCUCCAGUCUCUCCUACUACCGUGGGCUACCUCACCACACCUCCUGCUGCCUUGGCCUCUACUCCCACCUCAAUGUUGUCCCAGCCAGCAGCUCUGGUCCGCAUGCAAGGUAUCCCAUACACAGCUGGUAUGAAGGAUCUGCUUAGCGUCUUCCAAGCCUACCAGCUGGCCCCUGAUGACUAUACCAGUCUGAUGCCUGUUGGUGACUCAACUCGCUCUGUGUUACAAGCCCCCAAGGAGUGGGUGUGUUUAUAAGCGAGGAAGCCAGGAAGUAAGACUGAGCAGAUAUAUUCAGCUAACAUGCCUCUCUUGUGUCCAGAGCGUCCUCAAUCCAGUGGUUUCUUUCUGGCUUGUCAGAGCUCUCAAAGGCACCUACAGAAGAUCAAGCCAGCUCCACCCCCACUUAUUUCACUGCCUGUCCCCUCAAAGAGGAUGGCUACCCUACAUGCAUGGAUGGGAGAUGAAUGGGGCUCAAGUGGCACCUGGAGCACCUUCGGUCUCUCCUGGCCCUCAGAUACUGGGGGUGAAGGGUGCACAGCAGGCUUGUUUCUUUUUAAGUCUAGUUACACUACAAUACAUGACUCCUGGGAGAAUCAAGCAUUCAUCUGAGCCUGGGUAGAGAUCCCAAGUUCAACUCUACUCCUACAGGAGAGUAGAGUCAGCUCCCACCCUCAGGAUACCUGGACCUCAGAGACCAUGUGCCAGAGGUGGCCCCACCUAACUGUGCUAAAGCUCCUCCAACCAUGCACAAAGAACUUCAGAGGACAAAACCACAUGCUAGCUGGAACUUAAAAUGGUACACACCUAUAAUCCCAGCACAUGGGAGGCAGAGGCAGGAGGACUGCCACAAGUUUUAGCCCAAUCUGGUCUACAUAGCAAAUUCCAGGCCAGCUAGGGCUACACAGUGAGACUUUGUCUCAAAAAGACAAACCCAGCAACAAAACAACCCCCACCCUCACAAACUUGUGCUGCUGCAAUAUCCCCAGAGAACACUAGAGGGCAGGUGGCCCUCAUGCAAGAACUCAGACUUGAGUUUGAAAGGGGCCAACUUCUCUUCUAAUACCUUGGGAAAGCCAGUAGUCCAGAGCACAGCAAACACCAUGGCACGUCUUCUGCACUCAUUACAAGUGUGGGACAAAAGUCGCAAGAAGAAAUUUGGAACUGUCUUCUCCAUAAAGUGAAUAAAAGGUCCUGAUCAAGUGGACUGUUUAAAAGCUACAGUGCCAUUAGCUUUGGCCCAAAGUAAAGAGCUCCACACAAACCCCAUCAAGAGAAAGAGAGAUUUCCGAGAGACUGGAUCGGUCACCAUUUAUUUCAGCACUGUAACUGAGGAGCCUGAACUAUGGGCUCUUCUUCCCUUUGUAUUUGUGUAAGGAGCACUGCACUCCUAUAAAAGGUUUUAAAAUACAAAAUGUACAAGAAAACACUAUUUCAAGUGCUGUAAACAUAACUGAGAACCAGUUUACCUAACAUCCAUUCUAUAAAAAUGCAAGGUUUCAACUUAA